UGUGUCUUAAAUAAGAUACAUGAUUGUUGUUUGCACAAAUUUUUGUGACAGAUGAAAUUGUUUUCCGACAUUUCAAUUUCAAGCCCAGGAAUUAUUUACUUCAUUUUUCUGUUUAAAUUUUAGCUUGAAAACAUAAUAUAAUUAUUUCUCAUAUCACGCUUAUCACUUCUUAAGAAAUAAGAUGAAUAAAUUAGAAGAUAUUUUUAAAUCCUUAUUUAGUUUCAGAAAGAUUGACAGAGAUCAAGGUGUUAAUUAUCUUUCUCAAUUCUUGAAUAAUGCUUCGAUUGAGGAUAUUCAUUCUCUGGAAGACGUUUUUAUUAAACAUUUUACGAAUAUUGAUGUAGAAUGGGAACUAAAACAUGGAGCACUUUUGGGUGCGAAAGCUUUGAUAACUCAACUUAAAGGAAAAACUAUUGAUGACAAAACUGAAACAUUUUUAAAAGUGUGUCAAAAAUUUUGUUUGGAGAAUCUAACAGAUACAGAAGUUCGCGUACGACUUGCUGCUGGAGAAGUCAUAGGAAGCCUUUGUUUUCUUAAAGGACCUGAAAUAUACAGUGAGUGCCAUGAUUAUGUUCUCCAACUUAUAAAAGAUAAUUUAGAGAGAGAUUGUAUGGAUACCAAUGAGGAAGUUUUUGAUGCAGCAUCUGAUGCUGAAACACAUAGUGGAACAAGGCAAAGGCGUCUUAGCUCAGAUGCAUCACAGAUAUUUCAUGACACAGCUGGUUGGAAAUUUCUUGAAACAAGCAUGAAGUGUCUGCAGUUUAUGGUUGAUGGAUGUGGUGAAAGUUUUAAGCCAUUUAUCACAAACAGUUUUCUUGAACUUCUUUUUAAAACUUUAUCUCAUACAAAUAGAUUUGUUAGAGAAACUGGUUAUUAUGUUUUGGGAUCAUUAGUCAGUUGUGGAACUUCUUGCCAAGGUAGUUCUCACAAUGCUUUUUCUGCUGAAAAUUUUGGUCAUCAGAUUGCGACUCAAUUGGGGGUUGGAUUAAGUGAUAACUGGAGUCAAGUCAGGUUGGCUUCCUCUGAAUGUACAAGAAGCUUCCUUCUUUCAUUCGAUGAGGAAAAUGAUAGAGAAGUGUUUUAUCCUCAACUAUUGCCAAAAAUGUGUUUAAAUAGGUACUACAUUGCCGAUGGAGUUCGAAUAUAUUCCCAGGAAAGCUGGAGGAGAAUUGUAAAAGAAAAUGGACGAAUGUUUGUCAAGAAAUACAUAGAUAAAUUUGUGGAACAUUAUAUUUCUCAAACAAAAGCAGAUAACCAUGCUGUUAGAGAAGCAGCUUGUGCUUGUGUUGCUGAGUUGGCUUCAAAGGUUGAUAAGGAAGCAACCCAGUCACAUGUUCCCCGUCUGCUUCAAACAUUAGUUGAUUGUUUUAGUGAUGACAGUUGGCCAGUAAGAGAUGCUGCUUGCCUUGCAUGUGGAAAUUUUAUAUUGUGUUUCCCAAAUGAAUCAAAGAAUGUGUUAAACUUGCUUUAUCCAUUAUUUUUCAUGAACUUGAAGGAUGGUAUUCCUUCAGUUCGUCAAGGAGCUGCUGGUGCAUUAGCCAAUGUUGUUAAAGCUUAUGGUGUAGAAGCAUACUUAAAUAUUAAACCACAGAUUCUUGAUGGUCUGAAAGGAGUUAAAGAUCAACCUUCUGAGUCAGAAAAAUACAGCCAAUUGAGCAAAGGCCCUGCUACAUUCAGUGUUGUAAAAAAGCUCAGAGACAAUGAUAUGGAGCUACAUAGCAACCAACAGAUGUACUCCUGUGGGUCACUUGCACCGAAAAUGGGUCGUGGUGGAGGUUGUGGAGACCGUACAUUUCGAAAAGAAGCAGAACCGUGGGAACUUGCUGAUGGCUUUGUUUAUUUGACUGCUGAAUUAGCACAAAUAAAUGAAAUCACUUCCCACGUGUGUGAAUUAUUACCAUUGGUACACGAGGCUGCAAGCUGUAAGCAUUACACUCAUCACGUGGUGUUGUUGGAGUCCCUUUGCAAGCUGUUGCCAAAUAUAUGUAAGGGUGUUGGAAAGAAGAUCUUCAAACAAUAUUUAGACAUGUUUUUAGAAGAUGUUUUUUACAGUUUGACUUGUGAGAACAUUUUAACCUCCAGUGCGGCUAGUCAAUGUCUAAGUUUACUCUCAUCAUCAAUUGGGCCAAACAUUUUAAGAGCUAGAGUUGAAAACCUAAAUCCAAGAUUUGUACAGCUUCUGGACAGCUCUAUGAAUAUGGAAUAAUAGUUUAUCAAGAACCAUAUUAUGUAGUUUAUUUCUGUGGUGUAAAAACUAUUUUAAACUGCACUUUGUUUUGUAUUAUUAAAAUAUGUUGUUGCAACAGAAAAAAAUUUUUCUUAAAAUUUUUUUUUUGUGGAUGCUAAGUGUCCUGACAGAACUUACUUAAUAUUUGUUAUCUUUUAUUAUGGCUUUACAGAGUACCACUUGUUCUCUAUUUAAUUUAUAAUAAAGUUUUAUAUAAUCUAAAAGGUAUUUUGUAUGUAAAAAACUGAAACUCGUUUGAUUUAACUUCAACAUAUCAUGCUUUUAUUAUUAAUAAAUAUGUAUUGAUUGAAA